AUGGUUAUAUUAUGCGGAAGCAAUGUCUAAUUGUGGACAUGCUAAUGCGAGAUGUUUUUUGUGUUACUGGUAAGCAUACGAAUUUGGAACCAUGUCAGAAUAUGAUGUUUCGGAAAUGGAAGUAGAAGAUCAGAGUGAGGAUGGUGAAAUAACGAAGAGUCCACAUAAGCAAUCACCGAUGCAACUUUCAAAAGAUGAUACAGCAUUCAGUAUGUCAGAGGAAGAGGAAGAUGCAGAUGAUACGGCAGAUUCACUGGACAUAAAACCUCCCCAAGCAUCUGUUAUACAUCACCACAAGACUAAUUCAUCUCGCAGUAGUAGCAAUAAGCGAGAUAAACAUUCAGAUAGGGACAGUGGCAGACGUGAGCAUAUACAUGGGAAACCAGAUUCAUCUCAUAGAAAAAGCCACCAUCGAACUCGAGAACAUAGAGAGCACAGAGAAGAACGAUUAAGGGAGAAAAGACAUCAUCGGGAGCGGCGUGAAGCAGCUGCUGCAGCAGCCAGGGAGAAUAAACGUGAGAGGGAACGUGAACGAGAUCGUGAACGUGAUGUUAUAAAUAGCAGUGGAAGUGGUCGUGAGCGUGAUUCUAGAGGAAUAUCAGAUGCUGGUGGGAGAAGCAGAAGUAAGGACAAAAUGUCAAAUGAGCGUGGCGAACGUGUGUUGGAAGAUCUGAGGGAGCGCCUGCUCGACAAACGACGGAAUGAGGGACGAAGUGGAGGUGGUGGUGGUGGUGGUGGUAUUGGUGACACAGAAAGAGGCAAUAGUGCUGGAGUUGCUGGUGGUGGCAGUGCUAGUGGUGGAGGAACAGACCGCAGAGUAAAAGUAGAACGAAGAGAAAGAGACAGAGAACGUGAUCGUGAAAGAAGAGUAGUAGAAGAAGACAUCAUUACGGUUACUGCACCAAGAGAGUCAUCUCGUGAGAAAGCUGAGCGUUUAGAGAAGGAGAUGAGAAGGGAACGUCUUCUAGAAGCAGAAUCAAACCAACUGGACGACAGUGGCGAUGAAUGGAAGUUCAAAUAUGGAAGUCCUUACAGGGAAAUGGUGCGUCAGAAAGAGGUGUACCGACGUGAGUUGGAAGCAAGACGUGAACGUCGGCACCUUGAAAAGGAGAAAGAACGUACACUCAGGGAAAUUGCUAAGAAAAGAGAACGCAGUCGCAGCAGAGAGAGGAAGAAACGUAGAAUAGAAGAGGAAAGUGAUCCAAACAAGAGUAGUACAGAAAGAAAUGCAGAGGGUCAAGAGAAUGUUGAUGAUGCCAUCAAUGUUGUGACAGUGUCAGAUGACUCAGAAGAGGAACUCCAUGCUGGAGAAGAGGCAAAACAACAGUCUGGAGGUGGGGGUGUAGAUACUAGAGACAGUCAAAGUCCAGCUGAAGAAGAGGAGGAAGCUUCCAGUGAGGCAGAAGAGGAAGAAGAGGAAGAAGAAGAAGAGGAGGAGGAAGACAGUGACAGUAGCACAGAGUCUGAGGAAGAUGAUGCUGUUGAUACUGAUUCUGGCGGCCAUCACACAGAUGAUGAAACUGGUUACAAUAGCCAGAACCAUUCACCUACUUCAGUGAAAGAACAUACAGGAUCAGAUGGCAGUGGAGAUGAAAGCAAGAAACUAGCUUCCACCACAAAGCCAAUAGAUAAAUGCUCAGAUGAUGACGAGGAGGAGGAGAAUGGAAUUCCAUUCAUCAAUGAUGAGUCUCCAAAGUCAGAUAUUGUGUUGAAAGAGGAACUUCCACCAUAUCUACCAGCUAUCCAGGGAUGCAGAAGUGUGGAAGAGUUUCAGUGUCUUAAUAGGAUUGAAGAAGGUACAUAUGGUGUAGUAUAUCGAGCCAGAGAUAAGCGCACAGAAGAAGUUGUUGCUCUUAAAAGAUUAAAGAUGGAGAAGGAAAAAGAAGGUUUUCCAAUCACAUCAUUGCGAGAAAUCAACACACUACUGAAGGCUCAGCACCCAAACAUUGUUACUGUAAGGGAAAUUGUUGUGGGCAGUAACAUGGACAAGAUCUUCAUUGUUAUGGAUUAUGUUGAGCAUGAUCUGAAGUCACUUAUGGAAACAAUGAAGCAGAAGAAGCAGGUCUUCAUCCCAGGAGAAGUGAAAUGUCUCAUGCAACAACUUCUUCGAGCUGUGGCACAUCUCCAUGACAACUGGAUUCUGCAUAGAGAUCUAAAAACAUCCAACUUAUUGUUGAGCCAUAAAGGCAUUCUAAAAGUAGGAGACUUUGGACUGGCAAGAGAGUAUGGAUCUCCACUGAAACCAUAUACCCCUAUAGUGGUGACACUCUGGUACCGUGCACCAGAAUUAUUGCUCUGCACUAAGGAAUAUUCUACUCCAGUUGACAUGUGGUCUGUUGGAUGCAUCUUUGGUGAAUUUCUUUCCAUGGAAGCUUUAUUUCCAGGAAAAUCUGAAGUGGACCAACUUAACCGAGUAUUUAAGGAUCUGGGGACUCCAAAUGAAAAGAUUUGGCCUGGUUACAGUAAACUACCAGCUGUUCAGAAAAUGACAUUCACGGAGUACCCUGUAAGCCAGUUACGAUCUCGGUUUGGAACCAUGAUUACCGAUGUUGGUAUGGAUCUCAUGAACAGGUUCCUUACAUAUGACCCUGCUCAGCGUAUAACUGCAGAGGAUGCUCUGAAACAUGACUACUUCAAUGAAGCUCCUCUACCCAUUGACCCAGCAAUGUUCCCAACUUGGCCAGCCAAGAGUGAAUUGGGUCACAGGAAAGCUGCAGCUGCUAGCCCUAAACCUCCACCUGGUGGACAUGAAUACAAACAGCUGGGUGAUACAGAUGAAGAUGUUCCUGCAGGAGGGUUUCAUAUGGGUCUUCUGGAGAAGGGACGAUCUACAAGUGGUCCCGGUUUCAGUCUGAAGUUUUGACCUGAUGUGCUGGUUCAUAUAUAAUGUUGGUAAAUAUCGAAUAAGUGAACUCUUUUACCAUUGUGUUGUAUAUUACAUAAGAAUUUAAAUCCAUAUUGAAUUGGUUAUUCAGUGCCUAUAAUUUUUGCAUGCAUACUAUGCUGAGAGAACAUGUCAUUUAGAGGUGUCAUCACCCAGUGCAGUCCAGUGAUAAUGUGCAGUGUGAGUUGCAACAUCAAGUUCCACCUUUGAAUCUUCUUAGCAUCAAAAGGCAAAAAACUUUUUUAUGUGUUUGCAGAAAUAUGUUGAAAUAUAGCAAAGACCAGAAUUAUAAUAAUUUAAAUUUUAUUUCUAUAUAUAAAUAAUAUGGCAUCUGCUUCUUGUAAUAAUUAUAAUACCAAGUAUGACAGUGGCCAAUACAAAAUUCGCGAAUAGACAUCAUUUGUAAUUUUUUUCUACAGGGAUAAUAAAACAAUUUGGGGGGGUUACUUUAUUCUUUAGUAGAAUUUAAUUGGUUUGUACACAUCCCCUAUUUGUAGUAUCACAUAUCCAUGAUGAUUGUUGUAUCAUAAUCUGUCAGUCAUGGACCUCUUGCACCUGGCCGCUGGGACUGUGGGUUCGAGUCCCGCUCAAGGCAUGGAUGUUUGUCUGCGUCCUUUCUCUUCCAGUCUGUUGGAUAAAGACUGGCCACGGAAGACAAGGAAAAACCACUGUGGUACCUUCGCAAGGAAAAGCCCCGUAAUGGGGCUGCCAACCAAUCCUAGGAUUGAUAACUAAAAAAAAUCUGUCACUGACUUAAGCCAAAAAGAAAAUAAACUUUUUUAUUCUUCAGUUA